GACAGACGGAAGUUGUCAUUGACUCAGAACCAGGGGACGUUUUCUCGGUUUCUCCCAGGAACCAGUGAGUCCAGGCGGGUAACGAGUUCGAACUCUCCGAGGGUCGAGUCCCAACAUCCGGAGCCGCAGACAUGACGCAGGACAAUAUUUUCCUCUUCGUCCCCAAUUUAAUCGGUUAUGCCCGUGUGGUGCUGGCUCUCCUGUCCUUCUACCUGAUGCCCAUCAGUCCGUGGCCGGCGGUCUCCUGUUACCUGCUCAGUGCUCUGCUCGAUGCUUUCGAUGGCCACGCUGCUCGGGCUCUAAAUCAGUCCACAAAGUUUGGAGCCAUGUUGGACAUGUUGACGGACCGCUGUGCCACCAUGUGUCUUCUGGUCAACCUGUCCCUGCUCUACCCGUCCUACACCUUCCUGUUCCAGGUCAGCAUGUGUCUGGACAUCGCCAGCCACUGGCUGCACCUGCACAGCUCGACGAUACAAGGAUCCGCCAGCCACAAGAGCAUCGACCUCUCGGGGAACGCCCUCCUGCGGCUCUACUACACCUCCAAGCCCGUGCUGUUCGUGAUGUGCCUCGGGAACGAGCUCUUCUUCUGCCUGCUCUACAUUCUUCAUCACAUCUCAGAACCUGCUGCGUGGGUCUACUGGCUUCAGGGACUGUGUGGGACCAUCUGCCUGCUGAAGUCCGGCAUCAGCCUCGUGCACCUGGUCACCGCCUCACAGAACAUGGCCGCCCUGGACGCCGCGGAGCGAGAGCAGAGCAGGAAGCAGCAGUGAGCGAGAGCCCAGCACCAAGACACCACCACCUCUAAUGUAUUACUGUUAUUGUGAUUGAAGGGGAACAGGAGACUCUGUGGAUGUGAAACACUUGAAACGUUUAUCAGACAGAUUGAAUCUUUAUGACCAAAUAUUACAACAUGAGAAAUUCCAGAUCCGGGCAGGAGAGAGGCCGACGCCUUUUAUUUGAUUAUUGACUGUGUACAGAAAAACCAGAAUCAGGCUCCGCCCACAAUCACGAGUUUCCUCAAAUUAAAACGCAUCUCUGUGGUUACGGCCGGUGGAGUUCUCCGGCCUCUGAACCAGAGUCUGGUGUGAACUGGUGGAUUUAGUUUGAACUGGUGGACUGGUGGAUUUAGUUUGAACUGGUGAACUGGUGGAUUUAGUUUGAACUGGUGAACUGGUCUUGAUUUAGUUUGAAAACACUGGGCUUGUGUUUUAGAGACUUUAGUAAACGAUGACACAGACGUUCUCUUCCUGAUUGGUUCCCAUCAGUCACAUGACUCGACCACCAGCGAUGAAAACUUCCUGUCAGUUACAGUUCCACCUCGUCUUCACUGCUCCGACUCUUCAUCAAGUAACCAGCUGCAGAGGAGACACUCUACUUCCUGUUUACAUCACAUGACCAGUCUGUUUUCAGGUGUAUUAGUGUGUGUGUGUGGGGGGGGGGGGAUUAUUACUGAAACAGACACUGAUUUAAUCUUAAAACUAAAACAUGUUAGUGGGCGGAGCCUGUUCGUGUUUUCUGCUCAGAUUAAUUUAACGUGGCCUCACAUGGUUCAUUGUGCUGCAGCUCACUCAGAUUCACUCAGAUUCAUUAUCAGACGCCAAAAUUUACUACUUUUUAAUCAGCUUUAAUAUUCUGAAUGCAUCGUUCAUGUUUUACAGAUCCGUUAAAAAGGCUCUUACGUGUUUGUUCAACCUUGAAUGUGAAGUGAGAACGUUCUCACUGGAGAAUUGAAUCCAUCAGUCCACCUACAGAAACUAUGAGAACAGACCAAUAUCAGUGUUGGAUGUUUCUCUGUGAUGUGAAAGUAUUUGUGUUUGAGACUAACUCUUUAAUAAACGCAGGUUCGAUUCCUCGUAGUAAACACCGGACGUAACCUGACGGCCCUGAAACCGCACUUUAACAAACCUGUGACCUGGUCCUCAAACAUCUUCUCACCUGGAUCCAGACCAUCAGUUACAAAUUGGCCCUUAAAAAAACCGUCGCCUCCUGUAGAUAAAAACUUUAUGUCCCCGUUUGUUUCACUUUUAUUCUUAAUUUUCUGUAACUUCGACCAAACACCUGACGCUGUCUCCCUCGGACAUCAACCCAACUGAAAGCUCUUUGUUUCACAGGAAGCGUCUUCGUGCUUCAAAUUCCUCUGGUGCUUGAUCGAUGCUGAUUAACUGACGAUUGUUGCAUUUCCAUCACGUUGUGCUUUGUUAUUUCUAAUGUUCUUCCCUUGUGGUAGAAGGAGAGUUUUCUCUUUCCAGUGGACUCAGUUAUGCAGGUCAUAAGUUUCACCUCUCAUGACGAGCACCAAGUGUCAGUGUGUGUUUGAACUUUGUGCUGCUGAUGUGUUUCAAUCCUCGAUGUGUUGGGUUCUAAAUAUUUGCCUCUUGUUUUUAAUGAAACUUCUAGAAUGUGUUAUUCUAAGAUACAACUGUACAUGAACUUCAAAGCUUAUGAUAUGUUAUAGUUAAAAUAUUUUAAUUGUAGUAAGACUAUAUUUGAUGUAUAUUUAGUUUGAAGUGCAGGUGGUUUCAAUUCACUGUAAAAACAGCUACAAAAUAAAGACAAUGAAAAUCA